AUGGCUUCUGCGGUCUUCUUCCUCGACUUGAAGGGCAAGACCCUUCUUGCCCGCAACUACAGAGGAGACAUCCCCAUGUCGGCCGUCGAGAAAUUCCCCAUCCUCCUCAGCGAAGCCGAAGAAGAAAGCUCCGCCGUCCCGCCAUGCUUCUCCAGCGAAGGCAUCAACUACCUCUACAUCCGACACAACAACCUGUACCUCCUCGCCCUCACAAAACGCAAUACCAACGCCGCCGAGAUCCUGCUAUUCCUCCACAAGAUUGUCGAGGUGUUCACCGAAUACUUCAAGGAGCUGGAGGAGGAGAGUAUACGCGACAACUUCGUCAUCAUAUACGAGCUCCUCGACGAGAUGAUGGACUUUGGAUACCCGCAGACGACGGAGAGCAAGAUAUUACAAGAGUACAUCACCCAAGAGUCCCACAAACUCGAAGUCCAAGCCCGCCCUCCCAUAGCCGUCACAAAUGCCGUCAGCUGGCGCAGCGAAGGCAUCCGCUACCGCAAAAACGAAGUCUUCCUCGACGUCAUCGAGUCGCUGAACCUGCUAGUCUCCGCAAACGGCAACGUGCUGCGCUCCGAGAUCCUCGGCGCCAUCAAAAUGAAGUGCUACCUGUCCGGCAUGCCUGAGCUGCGGCUAGGCCUGAACGACAAAGUCAUGUUCGAGACCACGGGACGGGCUACGAGGGGGAAGGCGGUGGAGAUGGAGGAUGUUAAGUUUCAUCAGUGUGUGAGGUUGAGCAGGUUCGAGAAUGAUAGGACGAUUAGCUUCAUCCCACCGGAUGGGGAAUUUGAGCUUAUGAGCUAUCGGCUGAACACGCAGGUUAAGCCCCUGAUAUGGGUCGAGUGCAUAGUGGAGAGCCAUUCGGGGAGUAGGAUAGAGUACAUGCUGAAGGCAAAAGCACAAUUCAAGCGUCGCAGCACGGCCAACAACGUACAAAUAAUAAUACCCGUCCCCGACGAUGCCGACAGUCCGCGCUUCCGCACCAAUAUCGGAACCGUACAUUACACGCCCGAGUCCUCCUCCAUCGUGUGGAAGAUCAAGCAAUUUGGCGGCGGUAAGGAGUUCCUCAUGCGGGCUGAGCUCGGCCUACCAUCGGUUCGCGGCGAUGAUGAGAAGGGUGGCGGCAUGAUGGGCGGGUUCGGUGGGAGUAUGGGCGGUGUAGGCGGCGGAAAGGGAAAGAGGCCUAUCAAUGUCAAGUUUGAGAUUCCGUAUUUCACUACGAGUGGCAUACAGGUGCGGUAUCUGAAGAUUAUUGAGCCGAAGCUUCAAUACCCGUCUCUGCCAUGGGUACGGUACAUAACGCAGUCAGGCGACAUCGCGGUGCGUUUGCCUGAGGUGCAGUAA